GUCUUUGUAUGCAUGGUCUGGUUAAGACGGUUUUUAGCGAUCGGGCGCAAGUGUUUUACGCUACUGCUGCUGGAUACUAAUGAGGCGCCCUAAGUGGACGAUGAUCCUUUCCCGCCCACGUUCAGUACGUGGCCACGGAAGAAUUGCUAGGUGUGGAUGCAAUGGCAUUGUUGGGGGUUCCGAUCCCUUUCUGCAAAUCGACGCCGCUACUUGAGUCCCCGGGAUCUGGUCGAUGGGGGGGGGAGUGCUUUCGGACUUUUUACCCUGGCAGGGCAACGAGCAAUCAAUCAACGCCGGCGGUCGAGCCAGUCGCAAAGAUGGAUCUACUCCGGUAGGCUUGGAAGGCAAUGGAGCACCAUGAUUCGUUUCCCAGGCGGGGUUCCCUUGCAGUGGGCGUCUGUCGUAUCUGGCUCUCACGUCGCAUCAUUCCCAUCUCUCUCUCCCUCCUCUUCCCUCCACACCCACACCCCCCUGCUGGCCGACCAACCCUAUCUCCCACUCUCCUCCAAUCCUUCCACACCCCCUCCGCUUCCUUUUUGCAAGUUUUCCUGCAGGUUCGCGCUGGUUAUCCGCAUACUCGUUCAAUCAUGUGACCGUGAUGUGCCAGGUGUCGUCCAAUGUCCUGGGUCGGUUGGUCCGGGGGCAAAGCUCGGGAUAUCGCUUUGAUGAUCCCAGUCCACUGGACUAGUUGACGGUCGAUGUGGGACGCUCUAAAUCUUGUCAGACAUAUCGACUUGCUGCAGGUGCGGCAUCCGUGGCCCGCUGAUUGCUGUGUCGUUGAC